AUGCUCCGUAUUCGAAUGCGGGAUCUGAAGGAGGUCGCUCGAAACGACGACAACCUCAAUCGAUUCCUCAGUCUGGCAAGAGUCUACUUGCCCAGGCUACCUAGGGCUACUGCAGAGUACUUAGCAGCCAAGGUACCAGUGGUACAAUGGUCUCCCAAAUAUUCCUUGUCAUGGCUAUGGAACGAUCUGGUUGCCGGAAUCACUAUCGGAAUCCUCCUGGUCUCUCAAGGUCUUGCCUACGCCAAAGUCGCCAAUAUCCCUGCCCGCUAUGGCCUCCUCUCUAGCUGGCUGCCAACCCUGAUCUACGCCAUUAUGGGAACGUCUAAAUAUGUCACCGCCGGCUCGACGGCCAUCAUGGGUCUGCUCACGGGGGAAAUCGUCACGGAUCUCGUUAAGGAAGGCUACGCAGCCGAAUCUGUCGCCACGGCGGCCGCAUUCUGGGUCGGCAUCUACUCGUUAAUCCUCGGACUCUUUCGGCUCGGCUUCCUCCUCGAGUUCAUCCCGCUGCCUAUCCUCUCAGACUACGUAUCCGGCGCCGCCAUCACCAUCGUUCUGCAACAGCUGAAGGGCCUCUUCGGCGAGGGAAAGUCUGCCAAUGACACCGCCAGCGUGAUCCGGGUGUUCUUCCAACUCCUCCCUUAUACCAACUGGCGGGUGUUCCUGAUGGGGUUCUCCAGCAUCGUUCUGCUGCUGCUUCUGCAAUUCGUCGGCCGCAGAUGGGGCAAAAAGUAUCGCAGUCUGUGGUAUCUUUCGAUUGCGCGCAACGCUCUCGCUCUCAUCAUCUUCACGGUCAUUAGCUGGGGAGUGAACAAGUCGCGCGCCAACGAUCCCCUAUUCGGCAUCUCCCAAGUCACCGGUACUGGCAUUAUUCCCCCGUCUGUGCCAGACUCCCCACUCCUCGUCAAGACCGCCGGCCGCAGCAUUGCCGUCUUCCUCACCGCAGCCCUCGAACACCUCGCUAUCGGCAAAGCAUUCGGCCGUCGCCACGGCUACAUCAUCGAACAGGACUAA